UUUUAGAGGAUCAACAAAUAUCUGAGGAAGGAGUCCAGCGUGGCACUCCACUUGGAAUCUGAUAUUGCACUUUUUCCACCCAAAAACUACUUAUUUAUAUCCACACCCCACAAUGAUAAUCCAAUUCCUCUCUCUCACUCCCAAAUCAAACAUCCUAUCUGAAUUUGAUCACUGAUUCCAAUUCCAUGAGUGAAGAAGCGAAGAUCGACGACUCCGUCUCCGACUGGGAGGACGGCCUUCCCUCUGCCGAAGACCUCACCCCCUUAUCCCAGUGCCUGAUCCCCCUCGAAUUGGCCUCCGCCUUCCGAAUCUCGCCGGACCCGCCCCGCACCGCCGUCGACGUCACCCGCGCCUCUCGCACCACCCUCUCCUCCCUCCGCAUCUCCUCCUCCGCCGCCGCCGCUGCCAAUUUCAAGCCGUUCGGCGACGAUCAAGCCAUGGCCGCCGCCGCCGACGAGGGCGCCGACGAGGGCUCCGACCCGAAGAAGACCCGCCGCGCGGACUCCCCCGACGAUCCGACGGUCGACAACUGCACCGACGACCAGUCGACGGCCACGGCGAAGGCUCUGAAGCGGCCGCGCCUCGUGUGGACCCCGCAGCUGCACAAGCGGUUCGUGGACGUGGUGGCGCACCUAGGGCUGAAGAACGCCGUGCCGAAGACGAUUAUGCAGCUGAUGAAUGUCGAGGGUUUGACUCGGGAGAACGUCGCCAGCCAUCUGCAGAAGUACAGGCUGUAUGUGAAGAGGAUGCAGGGUUUGUCCAACGAGGGGCCGUCCCCGUCCGAUCACCUCUUUGCCUCGACUCCGCUGCCAACGCAGAGCUUCAACGAGUCGUCAAGCGCCGGCCCCAGCCACGGGAAUGGAAUUGCAAACGGAAGCCAUAGCAGUGUUGGUAAUAAUGGAAGUAGUGCUAAUAACCAUAUGGGGAUGUCAAUUCCGAUGCCAUACCCUCCGCCGCCUCAGAUUGUGCCGAUGCAGAUGAUGGGAAUGGCGCAUGGACACGGCUACCAUGGAUACGAAGCUGCGCAUUCGCAUCAUAGUCAUCACUAUCAGCAGCAGCAGUAUGGGAGUAUGAUGCAGCAGCAGAGGGAUUGGUCUGGAAAUAAGUAUAAUGGCUAUCCGCAGCAUCAUACGACUCAAAACAAUAGCAAGUGUUAGGCAGAGCGGUGUUGGAUGUCGGAAUAAAGGGUCUGGUGGAUUCAUUGCCUUGGGAAUGUGGCAUGUGAAGUGAACCUCAGCUAUGACUAAUGUUUUGCCAAAUUCAUUCUUUUUAUCCUGUGAAACAUAGAUUUCUCAAUCUGGUAAAUGAGUUUUUUUAAUUGUAUAUUGUGUACUUGCUUUCAGCGGAUGUCUUAUUGCUUAUUAAGUAGUACUCUAUAUAGCUUGGUUCUUUGAGACCCAAAUCAAGAUUGUUCCGAAAAGAAGAUACAUAUAGCAUUUAUGGAGAAGUGUUGGAUACUCUGUAUAUCCCUAUUUCUUCUUAUUUUAUGCAUAGCAGGACUAGGAUAAAUGAAAUUAUUGGCCUACAAUGUUAAAUUUGGAUUCUGUACAUGGAGUAUUUAUGUUUCAGUUAACUGGCUCUCAGUUCAACUAUAGUCCUGAAGUCCAUCCAUGAUGCCCUCGUAGUAGAACAGAGCUCAAAGAUAUGGAGAUUUUAUCUGCCAAAAUAUAGUCGCUCUCGUCACUUUUUGGAACAUAAUCUUGGAUAUAUUUUCUUUGUGGAAGAGUUGUUGUGAAUUACUCCUUUCAGCUUUGUAGCCAUCUCCUCUGCAGUUGAAAUUCUAUCUGACUUAAAAUCUCAGAUCAUCUUUCAUCCAUCUUUUCUUGAUGUUAUGUUUCCCGUUUCCUGAUUCCUCUACUUUUCUUAAGAAAUGUAAGAUAUUCCACCAUCAUUUUAUGUAGCCUUGGUCCUCCUAUGAAGGCUUGCAAUACUUUUAGCUAGUUUGAUAGCAAUUUAGAAUUUAUUGUGGUUGUGUUUGAUACUGUUCCAUAUUGUUGUAAUGUUAUCCUAUUAUCCCCCUUUAGAUACGAACAUAUCAUUGAAUAUAAACAUGUGUUCUGGCAUCUUUUUAUCUUGUUUAUCUAAUGAUUUACUGUAUAUCUUAGUUCCUUAAAGGUUUUUUUCAUUGGAUCAGAAAAUGACCUGUCACCUUUUUUACUUUUAAAAAGGGAGAAUCUUACAAGCUUUGCACCAUUUUCAACAGUGACUUUUUUUAAUGUUCAAUGUGUCCAUAUAUAUGUAUGGUUUUUUUUUCUAUCUGGAUAUCUGUUCCCAAAAAAAGAUUGCUUUUCUUUGUCCUCCCUCUUUUCUGCUUGCUCCUUUUCAUCUUAUUGCAGUCAAGAAUGAUCCUAGUUUUUUCAUAAGCAGUCUGUAAUUGAAUUCCUUUAGGAUUUCAUUGUAAUUCCUAGGAAAGUACAGCUGUCUUGGAGCCAUAUAAGCAUUGAAGUGGAAAUUUGAGUUUUCAGGUUUUGCAGGUGACAUUAAAAUGCUACAGUUCUCCCCUUUUGACAGUUCUAGGUCUCUUCGACUGUCAAAUUGCUUUUUUAUGCUUGAGGAGCAUUGUUGUUGCCACCUAACGAAUGUGUGUGAUUUGAUAGCAUAACACAUUCAGAUUUUGCUAAGCUUGGUUAUAAUUCAAGUACAGAUGCCCCUGGUUUACUACACCAGAUCCUUUGGAAGAUUACAGAAUGUGGCGUCUCAUGGCAUUUGGUGUCGGCUGCCAGAGUAAAAUGGAAGAUUGAGUGCAAUGAUUUUUUUUUGUGCACUGAAGCUAAACCUUACCGUCAAAUUAGUCUCGCCUUCAUGCAGAAGUUGAGUGUUUUUCUGUGACUUGCUGUACUGAUGAUUAAUGUUUGUGUGUUUCUGGACAAGCAUGGCUUUACUGAGAUUGGUUUUUCAGAAUCCAGUAUUAAUAUACUCCUAAUAACUACACUUUUCCAUUAACCAGAUAUCGAGUCUCCUUCCCUUUUUGCCAUGA